CGGGCAAUGGACAGGGAUGAUAAGGGAGGUGCGCGACGGAGCGGCCGACAUCGCCAUCGCGCCGCUCACCAUCACGGAACGGCGCAGCUCAGCCGUCACGUUCCUCAUUGGGAUUCUCGCCACGAGCCAAAAGAUUGUGCUGAAACGACCCACAUAUGAGGACUACAUGUGGAGUGUCUACACGAAGCAGUUCGAGCCGAGCGUCUGGGCUGUCUUGCUGUCUGUCGUGGUGUGUCUGGCGCUGUGUCUGUACCUCGUGUCUCGCUUUUCCUUGGGCGAAGUCGAUAUCUCGGUUUCGGACGCGAUGUUGACGGUGUUCGGGUUUAUGUUCGGACAAGGCUCUCACAUCGAAUUCACGUCUGGGGCAGGAAGGACCUUGGUCAUGACGGUGCUCUUGCUGCAGGUGUUGGCUCUGGCGUUUUACACCUGUAACUUGGUCUCCGCUCUCACCGUAGGACCUCCUCUCCCUCCGUACAAAGACCUUCGGGAUAUCCAUGACGAGUCGUCGAUCGCCUUCGGAUUCGUCGAGAGUUCCUCGAAUGCGAAUAAUUUUCGGGACUCCGAGACGCCCCUGAUCCAGGACGUGUGGCAGAGCAUGCAGGCCGACGACUUCGUGCAGUCGGCAGCAGAGGGCGUGGAGCGAGUGCUGAAGGGCGGCUACGCGUUCAUGGAGUGGGAGAUCUUCUACACGCUCAACUACGGCCACAUCUGCGAAAUGUACGCGCUUCCGGAGCCCUAUUUCCCCGAGAGAGCUUCGUUCUGCCUCGCCCAGGACUCGCCUCUGCACCCGGUGUUCAAUGGCGUCGUCCUGGACCUCCUCUCCGGGGGGAUACUGACGAAGUGGUGGCAGGAACUGAAGGUGAUCAGCGCCGACUGCAGUGCCCUGGAGACGGCUCCCAUCGAGCUUAAGACGGUGCUCACUCCCUUCCUACUGCUGGCCCUCGGGAUGCUGGUGGGAGUGGGCGUCUUGGGCGGUGAGCGUCUCGCCUCGAGGUCCAUGAGGGGCGUUUAAGUGGAAGGGAGAAUAUCUAUGCGCCUGCUUGUCUGUCUCCCUAUCUAUCUAUCCAUCUGUGUAUCUCAUAUCUAUCUAUAUGUGUGUGUAAGUAUAUUCAAAUACAUUUCCAUCUGUGUCUGUUCAUCUAUCUGUAUGUCUAUCUACUUGAUACUAUGAAUAUGUUUGUGUAACUAUAUUCAAAUAUAUAUCUGUCUUUUCAUCUAUGUAUGUGUCAGUCUACCUAUGUGUUUGUACAAUGUAUGCAAAAUUAUCUCCCUCUAUCUUUGUCAAUUUUUUUUUUUUUUACA